UCCUCCUCCUCCUCUUCCUCCGACGACGGCGGCGGACAACGGAGGAGAGUCGCCGCCUCCGGACCCUUCGAGGGCCCGUCUCCGUCGCGGCUCCGCCGCGGAGUCAACGACGUCUGGCCUGAACCUUUCCUCGAAGCCCUCGCCGCCCAAGUCGCCAUUGACGCUUCCCUCUCCAUCGGCCGCCUCGCCGCCGCUCCCGCUCUAGCCAACGUUUUCCGGGUAUGUUCGACGUGGCAAGCGGUCUCGCGCUCUGAUCUGUUAUGGCAACGCCUUACGCGCCACGUAUGGGGGAGAACCCGUUUGACGCGUGACACGUGGAACGAUGAGUUCAUCUAUCGUCACCGGACAGCUAGGAACUUCCGGACACGAUCGUACUCCCACUUCACGCUUCACUUCGACCCGUCCGACGUGGACGAACCAGACGGCCUCACUUGCCGAUGCCUCACUCUCUCCGACGUUUACUUGGCCGCUGGAUUCGCCGAUGGAACCGUCAGACUCUUCCUUCUUAACGAUCGGAUCCAUGUCCGGACGCUGCGUCCGCCUCCGCGUGACCGCUUCGGAAGAUUUUCCCGGGCUGUCUCGGGGACCGUCCUCUCGGACGCUGAUCAGAGUCCCAGACUGACGUUCGCCACGAUGGAUGGGGACAUCCACGUGGCGGGACUAGAAGGCCCGGACCAGCAAGUGAGAACGGCCCACGUCGGGGACAUUGUCAACGACGGCGCUCUCGUGGAUUUUGCCGGAUGCGGCCGGUGGUGGGUCGGGUUGUUUGCCGGCGUCCCCGGUCGGGCCUUCCACAUAUGGGACCGCGAGACCGAAACGACGACUUUCGUGGGCGGGUCGCUGACCGAUCCGGAGGCAGUAAUGGGGUGGCACACGUUGACCGAACUCACGACAUUGCUUGGUCGGAUCAGAAUCUCCGGGGAGGAGACAGCGGUGGCGAGCACGCGCUGGAGAAUUAUGGUCAUUGAUCUCAGAAACCAAGGGGUAAUUCUCGGCGACGUCGAGGCCGACCACCGGGGAGGCCUGAUCGUGACGUCGUUCGACGCUAACCGGGAGGCGUACGUUAGUGUCGACAGCCGUGGCAGGGGUAACGUGCGUCGCGUGCGCACGUUAGGGGAUAUAUGCGCAUUUCGCGUGAGUGGUGCGUCGCGUGGGAGAGUGGUGGGGUGUAUGAACGCGCUGAACGCGCUAAUGUGGACCGGGGGAGUGGUGCGCGUGUGGGAGAUCGAACACGGCGAGUAUCUGUAUAGUUUUAGGGAGAGAGUGGGCGAAGUCGACGUCAUGGUCGCCGACGAUCGACACGUGGCGGCCGCAACGGCUGGGAAUACGAUACAUCUAUGGGAUUUCGGUGCACAGUAGAAAAGAGAUUCUAAACCCUAGCGUUAGAGAGAGAGAGGGGGUAGGUUUCUGAGCCUAGAGAGAGAAAGGGUAUGUGUAUAAGUAGUAGGGGGUUAGGGUUUCAUUAAAUUUUAAUUGGACUGUGACGGAGGAGAUGGUGACAGGAAGGUGAGAGGCUUCAACAACAUGACAUUUUAAAUUUUCUCUUGUUUUUUAAUUAAAAUGAAAAAAAAAGACUGAUUGUUUUUUCUGUUUCAGAGUUUGACCAAAAGUACGUUACUGUUUUUGUUUAAAAACAACAGUGGACUUUUUUUGGUCUGAUUUCUCACUUUUUUUGAAUUAGGGUUUGGGAUUGUGACUUGUCCGAAAGGUUGCUUUCGUUGUGAUUCUCCACAUUUCAAUUUUAGGUUUUUUUUUUUCCUUUCGUAAAAACAUUUGUGGCUAUUGUCGUUAUCUUGUUUAAUUAUA